AUGUUCAUUUGCACAGCUCAGACCGCUGAAGAUGGACGUCUACAAGAAGUCGCGGCCAAGAAGACGUGGAUAAACGGACCGCAGGCCCAAAACAAGACAAUCCCAGAAGUGCAUUUUGUGAAGACAGCGAUGGCCGGCUGCAAGAACAUCGUCAGGCUGCGCUACAGCUAUUUAACUACCCACAAAGAACGGUGGGUUGGAUAUUUGUUUUGUGUGUCAAUCGUUGAUCUUCGAAUUCAUGCCCGCCACGCUGCAAGGAUAUUGUCAGGCUCGGAACAGCAAAAUCGACCUGCUCGAUAUCAAGCUGUUCACCUGGCAGAUUUUUCGGGGAUAAUUGCACCUUCAAAAGAGAUCGGUCAUCCACCGCGAUAUCAAGCCACAAAACUUGCUCGUGGAGCCAACUACCGGGCUGCUCAAGAUCUC